GGAGCCCGCGGCGAGGCGCUGCCAAGUGCAGAGCCCGAGCCGGAGCGGCGCCGCGCGGAGCGGGAUGGGGUAGCCGUGCCGCGCUCCCCGCGCUGCCGUGGCUCCGCGACGCCUGCACCGCGGGACCAUGCGGGGCGCCCCGGCCGCCCGGCUCCUGCCGCUGCUGCUGGGGCUGCGGCUGCUGCUGUCGGGCGGCGCCGCCGCGCAGUACUCCAGCGACCUGUGCAACUGGAAGGGGAGUGGCUUAACUCACGAGUCUCACAAGAAGGAUGUUGAACAGGUCUACCUCCGCUGUUCCGAAGGGUCAAUAGAGUGGAUGUAUCCCACGGGAGCACUCAUAGUCAACCUGCGACCCAAUACUUCACCUGCCUCUUACAAACAUUUGACUGUUUGCAUAAAGCCCUUCAAGGACUCUGCAGGAGCAAAUAUUUAUUUGGAAAAAACUGGAGAACUGAAACUCUUGGUCCGAGAUGGCGAUCGCAGCCCCAGUAAGGUGUAUUGUUUUGGCUAUGAUCAGGGGGGCCUGUUCAUUGAGGCCACUCCUCAGCAGGACAUUAGCAGGAAGAUUACAGGCUUCCAGUACGAAUUAAUGAGCAAGGGGAUGGCAUCUGAUUUGCACACAGUUUCUGCUCCCUGCCGACCAUGCAGUGACACAGAAGUCCUCUUGGCUGUCUGCACUAGUGAUUUUGUGAUCAGGGGCUCUAUCCAAGAUGUAACAAACAAGGCAGAAGAGCAAGAAUCCAUCAUUCACGUUGGUGUCAACAAACUGUACAGGCAGAAGAGCAAAGUCUUUCAGCUCACAGGGGAGAGUGGGAACUGGCGAGGACAAAUAAAGACCCUGCUGGAGUGUGGGGUGAAACCAGGAGACGGAGACUUCCUUUUCACGGGACGCAUGCACUUUGGGGAGGCCAGGUUAGGCUGUGCCCCUCGUUUUAAAGACUUCCAAAGGAUGUACAAAGAGGCAAAAGACAAAGGGCUAAACCCCUGCGAAAUUGGCCCCGAUUGAAAUCCCCUGUUUGGCUGAAGAUCACUUUUAGCAUUUGGCUGGGAAUAUUUCCUGGCCGUGAUCAGAACUCUGAACAAAAAUGGUAAAUGAGAGCAUAGAUGGAUCUGGAGUGCAGGCUGAGGCCCCGCAGGACACGGCUGCAGCCUGCGAUGCUGUUAGACUGAUGGAAGCAACAGAGGUACGAGCUCAGAAGGCUGCCAAGCAAGCAAGGCUGGAUUUUUAACCAAUCUUGUCCCUAUGAAUUAAGUUAUUAUAUUUUUUUAGUAAUUUCCGUAGGAAAACAAACAAAGAAAACUCCACGUCUUAAUAAAAAACCCAAAUGAAAGCCAGCCUGCCUUUGUAUCUUUUUAAUACUAAUUUUUAAAGAUGUCUUAAACUGAUGUAGCAUUUGGCAUGGCAUAUUCUGUAUCAAUGGCCAAGUAUGUGGUAGGGCACCGUAAACCAUCUUAACAUUGAUGCUUUGUAAAAAGCUUGGUGUACAAUUCAGAGUUGUUUCUUACGACAGAAAUUUAUGGAGCCAAACUCUCGUGUGUCUGUUCUCAUUUUUAUUUGAAAGAAUGUACAAUCACCGCCUGCAAUUUUUUUUGUCCGGGCUGGCAAAUUCUUUCCGUUCCAGAGAAAUAAAGAUCCCUGGAUUUGACACAUACUGUUCAAAAUCUUUCUUUUUUUCUUCUCCAUAAGGCUGUGCUUGGCUAGCCCAGAUGUGCUCAUAGAUCAGCUCUGGGCUGCUCACUUUUUUUGUGGCUUCUCUGAGCAGAAGCAGAGUUCCUCUGAGGCAUUGGGAACCGCGAUGUUUUUCAGAGGGGAAGCGGGAGCUAUUUUUGGAGACUUUUAGACACGGGUCCAGGCAAGACUGUAAGUGUUCUUCUCUCUGAUGCUUAUGGGGUUAUUUUGGGAACAGCUCCAAAGAGCAGGCUGCCCCUUCAUGUUUAACUUGAAGCUUUUAAUUGUGCUGGCUGGUAGCUUGGUGUGAGGCAGACGUUCGUGCCUGCCUGCAAGUCUUGGCAGCCAGAGGACAAGGCUACCUUGUGAAAAAACAAGUGCUUCAACAAGGGUGGACUGCUGCUCCGGGCAGCGUCCCAUGGGAGGUACAGAACAAUCCUCUUGUUCAAUCCUGUUGUUCCCCUUAACCUGCAAAACAUCACUUUAAUGGUACCUUCGCAAGGGUUUUUAACCCCUUGCCCAUGAUCAUUCUCAGUGCUUUCUGCUGCCCCAACUUUUAUUUUAGGCC